UCGGUGAGGCGGCGGUCACGUGUUGUUUUGCUCUUUAGUUGGGGCACUCGGUGCGCGAUGUGUUACUUACGGCGAAACUCCCGCCGGCGGCGGCAGCAUCAGCAGCGGCAGCAGCGGCCGGAGAGCGGUAGCGGCGCCGCCGGUACCCGAGCCGGGGAGAACGCCGAGCAGCCGCCGGCAGCACCCGCUGCCUAGAGGCGACAGCGGAGGACCCUGCUGCGGCUCCUGGCAGCCGCGCUCUUCCUGCGGAGGAAUAACUUUAUUUUACCCGCUUCCACCUCUUUUUCUUUUUUCCGCGGCGCUCGGUUCCCAGCCCCGCUCGGCGGCAGCGGCAGCAGCAGCAGCGAGAGGAACCAGGCGGCGUUGCCGCCGUGGGGUCUGGGAUGGCGAGCCCCGCCGUGCUGGGGCUGUUGCCCCCCCUGAGCUCCCCACCCGGGCCCAACCUGAACAACAACAACAACAACAACCAGGGCGUGAGGAAGUGCGGGUACCUGCGCAAGCAGAAGCAUGGCCACAAGCGCUUCUUCGUGCUGCGGGGCCCCGGCGGCGGAGGAGAGGAGGCGGGGGGGGCCCGGCUGGAGUACUAUGAGAGCGAGAAGAAAUGGAGGAACAAGUCCGGGGCGCCCAAGCGGGUGAUCGCCCUGGACUCCUGCCUCAACAUCAACAAGCGGGCGGACGCCAAGCACAAGUACCUCAUCGCCCUCUACACCAAGGACGAGUACUUCGCCGUGGCGGCAGAGAACGAGCAGGAGCAGGAGGGCUGGUACCGGGCUCUCACCGACCUGCUUAACGAGGGAAAAGCGGCCGGUCAGGGGUCUCCCCACCGCCACCUCGCCUCCCCCUUCGCCGCCUCCUGCAGCGCGGCCGCCGCCUCCCUGGCCGCCGCCGGCGAGGACCUCAACUACGGGCUGAUCACCCCGGCAGCCGCUGCGUACCGGGAGGUCUGGCAGGUGACGCUGAAGCCCAAGGGCUUGGGGCAGAGCAAAAACCUUACCGGCGUCCAUCGACUCUGCCUCUCAGCCCGCACCAUCGGGUUCGUGCGCCUCAACUGCGAGCUGCCCUCGGUCACGCUGCAGCUGAUGAACAUCCGCCGCUGCGGCCACUCCGACAGCUUCUUCUUCAUGGAGGUGGGGCGCUCGGCGGCCACCGGCCCCGGCGAGCUCUGGAUGCAAGCGGACGACUCGGUGGUGGCCCAGAACAUCCACGAGACCAUUCUGGAGGCCAUGAAGGCGCUGAAGGAGCUGUCCGAGUUCCGGCCCCGCAGCAAGAGCCAGUCCUCCACCUCUUCCUCCUCCGGGGGGGCCGCCGGGCCCGGCGGCAGCGGCGCCUCCGCCACCCACCCCAUCACCGUGCCUGGCCGCCGGCACCACCACCUGGUCAACCUGCCUCCCAGCCAGACCGGCCUCCUCCGCCGCUCCCGCACCGACAGCCUCGCCGCCGGCGCCGGCACCAAGUGCACGCCGUGCCGGGUGCGGACGGCCAGCGAGGGCGACGGCUGCCGGGUGGGCUCGGUGGCCGGCAGCCCCAUGAGCCCGGGCCCCGUGCGGACCCCGCUCAGCCGCUCGCAUACGCUUAGCAGCGGCGGUGGGGGCCGGCAGGCGGGGAAGCUGCUGCCGGUGCUGGCCGGCGGCGGCGGCCUUCAGAGCAGCCGCUCCAUGUCCAUGCCUGCAUCCCACUCGCCCCCCUCUGCCACCAGCCCCAUCAGCCUCUCCUCCAGCAGCGGCCUCGGCUCCGAGCCUGCCCACCCGCAUCACCCGCAGCGCCCAUCCAGCGGCAGUGCCUCCGUCUCUGGCUCCCCCAGCGACGCCGGCUUCAUGUCCUUCGACGAGUACGGCUCCAGCCCGGGCGGCGACCUGCGGCCCUUCUCCUCCUCCUCCACCGCUAGCAACCGCAGCAACACCCCGGAGUCCGUGGCCGAGACCCCCCCGGUGCGGGACCCCGGGGGCGGCACCGAUCUCUACGGCUACAUGGCAAUGGAGCGCCCCCCGAGCGGCCGCCUCUGCUACCGGCCCGGCCUCGACGCCGCGGCCGACAGGGGCCAUCGGAAGCGUACCUACUCCCUGACCACCCCGUGCCGGCAGCGGCCCGCUCCGCCGCAGGUCUCCUCCGCCUCCCUCGACGAGUACACACUGAUGCGGGCUACCUUCGCUGGCAGCGCCGGCCGCCUCUUCCCUUCCUGCCAAGCCGGGGCUUCCCCUAAAGUGACCUACACCCCCUACCCCGAGGACUACGGGGACAUCGAGAUCGGCUCCCACCGCAGUUCCGGCAGCAGCAGCACCAACCUGGGGCCGCCGGCAGGGGGGGGAGGAGGAGGGGGAGAUGAUGACGGCUACAUGCCCAUGACCCCCGGCGUGGCUGCAGCCUUAGGGCAGGGAAGCCGGAGUGGCGAUGAUUACAUGCCCAUGAGCCCCACUAGCGUGUCUGCUCCCAAGCAGAUCCUGCAGCCCCGGGGAGGGGUGGGCGGCGGGUCCCCUGGGAACAGGAGCAGCUAUAAGACCAGCUCACCCGGGGAGAGCUCCCCCGAUGAUAGCGGGUACAUGCGGAUGUGGUGUGGCUCCAAGCUGUCUGUGGAGAGCUCAGAUGGGAGGCUGAGUAACGGUGACUAUAUCAACAUGUCCCCUCGGGACCCCCAGCACGGGCCCCAGGCUCCCUCCCUCACUCCUCCGGACUUCUUCUUUGCCCCUUCAGGGCAUGGGUCCAGUGAGCCCCCCAAGCCCGGCUGCUAUUCGUACAGCUCCUUACCCCGCUCUUACAAGAGCCAGGGCCUGGUGAAGGACAGCGACCAGUAUGUCUUCAUGAACUCCCCGGGGAGGAUGAUCCCGGAGGAGGCGGUGUGCGGAGUGGGCCAGUUGCCUGCCAGCACCUUUGCCCCCUCCAGCCACACGGUGCCUUCGCCCCUGCGGCACAGCCGGACCGAGAGCUUCCUGAGCCAGCGGUGCCAGCGGGCGGCCCGGCCCAGCCGCCUCUCUCUGGAGACCUUGCGGACGAUGCUGCCUAGCAUGAAUGAGCACCCUCUGCCGCCCGAGCCCAAGAGCCCCGGUGAAUACAUCAACAUCGACUUUGGCGAUGCUGCCGUCUAUUCUCCCCCCUCGCUGCCUGCCGACAGCCCAGCUUCCUCCCUGGGCUCGGGCACGGGGCAGAGGCGCUCCCCUCUCUCUGACUACAUGAACAUUGACUUCGGGUCGCAGUCGCCCUCCCAGUCAGGCACGGUUUCGGUGGGCUCCCUGGAAGGGCUCUCACCAGGCUCCUCCUCCAGCACCAGCCAGCCCGAGGGGCGCUACCUGAAGGCAGCUGUGGGGGUAGCUUGUUUGUCCAGCCCGUCUGAUGGUGGGGAUUACACUGAGAUGACCUUUGGCAUGGCCACCACCCCACCCCAACCCAUUGUUCAGAAGCCAGAAAGUGCCCGGGUCACCAGCCCCACGGCAGGGGUGAAGAGGCUCACCCUCUCUGGGGUGGAGGCUUUCAUUCUCUCCAGCCCUCCCCCAGACCCAAACCGGGGGGCCAAGGUCAUCCGGGCAGAUCCCCAGGGGCGUAGGAGGCACAGCUCGGAAACUUUCUCCUCCACCACCACUGUGACCCCCGUGUCCCCCUCCUUUGCACACAACCCCAAACGGCACAACUCGGCCUCAGUGGAGAACGUGUCCCUCAGGAAAAGCGAAGGCCUGGAGGAGGAGCAGGGUAGCAGCCCCAUGUGCAGGGAGACCUCGGCUGGCUUCCAGAACGGCCUCAACUACAUCGCCAUCGAUGUGGUGGAUGGGACCCUGGCAAACUGUGACAAAGCCAGGUUGAAAGCCAGGCAUGUCCUGAAUGGGGGCAUCAAUGGAGUGGAGAUGAGCGCCUAUGCCAGCAUAGACUUUCUGUCUCACAACCUUAAAGAAGCAAGUGCUGUGAAAGGAAGUACAGGAAGAUGGAAAAGAUGAGAGAGAGAGCCACCGUUUGCAGAGCAAGCUUUGCACCUAAUUAAGGCGAGCGGAUUGCUGAAUGCAGUGUCAGAGUUUGCGAGGAUGAUGGACGCUUACUCUGAUGGACUGGAAGGGCUGAGGGCAGAGCAUUACUUUGAGUCUGUUGCUUUUAGUUUUUCUGGGGUUGCUUUUGGGCUUGACCUGGGCUGAUGUGGAUGUUUAGCCUUGGGCUGGUGGCCCCGGGCACCCACAAAGGAUUGUGCCCUUUGCUUUGCAAACUGAAAUUUGUUUUUUCACAGAAACGAGGAGGUUUUUUUCAGCCACCUACAGCCCCAACUGCAAACCGAGGCCCAGGUUGGGAAAGAGCUAUUUCCACAACAUUCCCCAAACUGCUGACCUUAAGGAGGGGGGGGAGAAGGGGCGGCGGGCGCCAGCUACCAAGAAAACCUGGAGUGGAUGAGUGAAAAGCAGGAGUGAAGGAGACGGUGGGUGGGAUAAGCAAGGGCAACUGGCUGCUGUCCUCCCUCCCUCCCUCCCUCCCUCCCUCCUUCCCUCCUUCCCUCCUUCAUUCCUGCUUUCUUACCCUCCAGUGAAAAGGGUAAUGCAGUAAACACAGCCAUGUUAAUUUUUUGGUACACUGUGGUGUCCAGAGGAGGGGAUUCAGUUCUGCUAUGAAUUUGUUAAAGUAUGGUUAUAGGCUUGCCUUAUUGUAAUAUUUAAUCUGCAUGCCUAUUUAUUUCUCCUCUUUCCCGUAAGCUUUUAAACACAGAACACAUCGAGGAGUGGUGCGAGGAAGAAGCUGGUUGAGAUUUCCUCUCUGUGUAGGAGGCGAGGCUGGCUUCUCCGCCACCCUGCUCCCUGAGAAGCGUGCACGCCUGCCGGGUGUACUCAGGGUUGGGGGACUUGGGGAGCAACAGAACCAACGUCAGGCCAAGGUGGGGAGGAAAAACCUCACCCCAACAUCAGCGGUCAGCAGCACACAGGGUUAGGCACCGAAAACAGGGCGUCAGGUUAGUCGCACCUGUGGCAGGCAAACUGGAAAAGCCAUAGCAUGGGGAAGGAGAAAUGUAUGACAAAGGACUUUACCGGUGUAAGCUGAAUCGAGUCAUUGACUUCUGCAGGUGUCCUAGUUUCUCUUUUGGUUUUCAUUGGGAUCUCACACCAAGGUUUGUUUACGGAAGGACUGCCUCCUCUCUUUAAAAAGAUCACCAAGUAUUCUGCCAGAGUAUUUGAAUUUCAAACAUUGUGAUUUGGGAGACUACUAAGAAUGCCAUGUUUUACAGAGAAAAACAUAUGCAAUUUAAAGAAAAUUUUAUUUUGAGCAUAAGCAAGAUCAUUUUAACACAGUAGUAAUUCAGGUAGAUUUGAGAGAAUCUAAUUUUGUAAAAAUGGUUUGCACAAGAGAUAGUUUAUAUAUAAUCAGCAUUGUUUACUUAGUUGUUUGCACUUUUUCAAAUUUUGUUUUUAACUAUAUUAGCAAAGUGAGAAGCUUUAAUUCUUCAGAACUUCUUCAAAACCCAGGAGAGGUUUCUUGCAAUUGUAAAACAUUGGAGAAUCCACAUGCAUUUAAUGUUUAGAACAGGAGAAUGUCAGAGAUACAGGGUAUACAAACAGACUCCUUGUAAUCACCUCAGUAAAUUAAUAUUUCGAUUUGUGUAAAAUACAUGUAAAAAACUACAGCUUAAAAUGUGCCUGAGAGUCUGUAGUAGUAGAUGCGUUUUCAUGUGGGUAAGUGUUUUAAGGUAAAUUAUUUGUAUUAUUUAACAGUGGCUGGCUUUCCCGUGUAGCUUGUUCCUCUGCUAUCAGUAACUGGCCUCUGCUGUAGGGAGUGCUGUGCUUUUGGAAAUCUCUGUCCAUGUUAUCCUGCCGUGGCAAGAGCAAAUGAGUGCAUCCGCAACUGCUGUCAAAACAGAACAAUUAGAAGGUUGCUUGAAAUUACCGGUUCGUUUAGUUUUACUGUGUUCCGAAAGUGUGCAAAUGUUUAAGAAUUGGAGAAACACUUGCCUUCAUCUGAUGUGUAAAUAAAGUAAUGCUGUUACUGGUUGGUUCAAACUUGUUACUUGCUGGUAAUUAGCCUUUGUUCUUAAAUUAUGACUGCUUUUUCUGCUUAAAAACGUAUGAACUGUGUGGUUUUCAUUAUUUAUGGAGAAAUUUACAGUAAUUUUUCUCAUAUAGUGUAAAUUAUUUAUUCCAGUAUAUUUAUGACAGAUUACACUUAGUAAUUAUGUGACUUUUUAUGGUGGAUCUUAGUUCUAUUGAAGUCAAAUGGGAGUUUUGUCUCUGUUUUGGUGGGGUCAAGAUUUUGCUCUUUGUGUGUAAUCCUGAAAUUCUUCAGUAAAAUUCCCAUUAAAUUUAGUGGGUGUGUAAUAGGGAAGUUUUGCUUAAUUGAAAACACCAGACUUGGAUGGGUUAUCUUUAAUUUUGUUUUCUUUUUCGUUAACAAAAUGCUCUGUAACUUGUGAAUGUUUCUAGUAGUUGGUCUAGUUUUCUAAAAUUGAACAGAUACUCUCUGUAAUGGUGCAAAAAAAACCUUGAGGGUUGUUUUCCUCCUGUGUUAGUUUCUUUUGUCUUGAUUUAUUUGAAGAAGUCAUCAUCUGUAAUGCAUCUACUUAAGAUCCUAAUAAGGUGAUUUUUGAUAAUAAUGACCCCCCGCCGCCUUGUCAAUUAGCUCUUCUUUUGUGAGGGUUUUAUGAUUGCAGCUAAACAAUAAAAGGCCUAUCUUAAGAAA